AUGGAACAUCAUAAUAAACAUGCAAAGUUUUCAGAUUCCACGGAAACAUCAGAAAAUUAUGAAUCAACCUCGUCCUCACUUCGAAAUACUGAAAAUUACGACACACAGAAUAUUGUAAUUGAUGAAGAAUAUGAUCCUGAUAAGACAUAUAAUCCAUUUAAUGAAAAUAGAACCUCAAUUUUAAGUGAAAAUAAUUUCUUAAAAGUGAAUCCUUCAUCAAAUCACGCGUCAUCAUUUUUUGAUCGAUCCAUACAAUCAUCACCAAUUCUACAAGAAAGUCUAAGUGAUAACGAUUUUGAGGAUUUAAAAGAAGGUUUAAAAUUUGCAUUAGGGACAAAAAAUGAAGAACCUAAUUGGUUCCCAGUUUCCCAACGCUCGAAAAGUCCCACACUAAAUAGAUCAAAAGAGAAUCUUGAGUCAAUAACAACUACGAAAGACGACAUUCUUGUACAAAAUCAUACAACUAAUAUACCACUUGAUGAUCUAGACUUUUCUCGACCUGGCUAUUCGCGAAGUAAAAGUCAAAGUACAGCUAUAUCACAACCAUUUUUCGAAGAGGAAAACAUUAAGUCAUUAAAUCAAACUACGUCAAACAAUAGUAUUAAUAUAAAUAAUCCCGACAGUCAUAAUCAAUUAAGUCCUAUGCGUCUUGAAGCAGGUCUUCUAAGUCCGGACAAGAUUAAAGAUCCAACCUCACCUGGUACAUCUCGAUUUGCGGAUGCUAUUGCUAGAAUAUCAAAUCGUAUAGCUGGUGCCGGAGAUGAUGAUGAUGAUGUUGAUACAAUGAAUGAAAACCAAAAAGAUUCGUCUAACUUGAAAAGUAUUCAAUCGAAAGAUAAUGUGCUGUUAAAGACACCUAUGAGGGAGCAUUUUUCAUUUGUUGACGACGAAAACAAAACUUCCCCUUCCAAAAGUCUCAAGCGUGAUAUACCCAAUUUAACGGUAACUACAGAUAAGGGAGAGUCGAUAUAUAAUGAAACUACGAUAACUCAAGGAUUAGGUGUUUAUUUAAAGAAUUCAAAUCAAUCUAGUCGGGUUGAAUUUAAUGAAGAUCAAGAUGCAACUAGUCAGUUUUCUUUAAUACAUGAUGUUGAAAGUGAAAAAAAAUCAAUACAUUCAAAAUCUACACUACGUCUGAAAUUAUUUGGUAAUAGUUUAGGUAUUUUCUCGCCAAAAUCAAAAAUUAGAAGGCUUUGUCAUAUGAUUAUUGAGAAUCAAUUCACAAAUCUGUUCAUUUUACUUGUUUUGAUUUUUCAAGUAAUAUUGUUAAGUUAUAGACAAUGGGAUCCAUUAAAUAAGAAAGGGUACUAUUAUUCUGGGUAUAAUUGGGCGGAUUUUCUUUUAAUCAUCAUAAAUGUUAUAUACACAAUAGAAAUAGCAUUUCAAAUCAUAACAUAUGGACUAAUUAAUGAUUCUGUAAUGUAUAGAGAAUUAAAUAUACCGUUUCCAAAAGGACAUUUUGAUCAAUCUUGGCAAAUAUUAAAAACUAUUUACAAUUACAUAACAAAUAUAUCACUUGGUAAAAAGAAAAAAAGUGAUUUUAAGUCCGAAGAUUUGAAGCAAGCACAACAUGAUGAGUUCUCAAGUUCAAAUAGUGAUGAUUUAGAUGAUGUUAUUGAUGAAGUUGAUGCAAAUGAAAGUUUCCAUGAAUUAUUAGAGAGAAAUUCUUCAUUAAAUUAUGAUUUAUCAAAAAAAUAUGAAUUUGAUCUGUAUCAUGAUAAUUCAUCACCCAAAAUUUCAAAUCAUAAAUAUGAACCACCUUUCAAAUUAAGAUCAACUAAUACUUUUUUCAAACCGGAACAUGACCAAAUCAAUCCUUCUCAUUUAAAAAGAGCUUUCUUGAGAAGUAGUUGGCAUAGAAUAGAUUUUGUUUCUACAUUUUGUUUUUGGAUUUCAUUAUUAUUAUCAAUAAAUCAAUAUGAUGCAAAACAUCAUAUCAUGUUAUUUAGAUCAUUAAGUUGUAUUAGAAUUUUGAGAUUAUGUAAUUUAACUGCUGGUACAACUACAAUUUUAACAGCUUGUAAAAGUGCUAUACCUCAACUUAUUGAUGUUUCAAUUUUCAUUUCUUGUUUUUGGUUAUUUUUUGGUAUAAUUGGGGUUCAAUCAUUUAAAUCAUCAUUAACUCGUCAUUGUGUUUGGACUAAUCCAAAUAAUUCAACUGAUACAUACAUAAAUGAAGAUCUGUAUUGUGGUUCAUUUAUAGGUUUAGAUGGACUGAAACGAUCUUAUUUAACUAGAGAAGGCGUACCGUCAGGUGCAGUGAAGGGGUUCAGAUGUCCAAUGUAUUCACAAUGUAUAUCAGGAGAAAAUCCCUAUGGUGGUACAGUUAAUUUUGAUAAUAUAUUACAAUCGUUAGAGAUGGUAUUUGUUGUUAUGAGUGCAAAUACUUUCACUGAUAUUAUGUAUAAAACUAUGGAUACAGAUAAUAUGGCUGCAUGUUUAUUUUUCAUUGGUUGUAUAUUUGUUAUGACUGUUUGGUUACUUAAUGUUUUCAUUGCUGUUAUCGUUGCAUCUUUCAAUAUGACUAGAUUAAAAGCAAGUGAAGAAAAACAAAACCUUCAGAAUCGAAAAUUUUUAAAAUUUUUUGGAUUUGAUCAAGAUCCUUUACUGCAUGAAGAAAGAAUCAAACUGUUGAAAAAGCAAAAUAUUUUUUUAAAAUAUUAUUACAAUUUUGAAUUUGUUUUUAUUAUUGUUAUAGCUGUGAGUCUUUUUGUUCAAUGUUUCAGAAGCUUUUAUAUGUCGGAUCAUAGACGUCAUUUAUUAUUUAGAUUCGAAGUAAGCUUUACAAUAGUGUUUUUGGUGGAAAUAAUUUUAAGAUUUUUAUUUUAUUACCCCAAAUGGAGGUUAUUUUUCCAAUUGAAAAGAAAUUGUUUUGAUUUAUUUUUAGCUAUAAUAUGUACCAUAAUUGUGAUAGAUCCAAUAAAAAAUAAAUUAGGUCAUGCAUAUUAUUGGUUGACAGUAUUUCAAUUAAUGAGAUUUUAUAGAGUGGUUUUAGCAACAUCAAUCACUCGAAACCUAUGGUUAAAAAUAAUGAGUAACUUUAAAGCUAUAUUUGACUUAGCAUUCCUUUACUUCAUUUUAUUAUAUUUAAUGAGUAUCAUUUUAUCACGUUAUUUUGAAGGUGCUAUUCCAGUUGAAGAUUUAGAUGAUGUUGAUUUUCCAAUGAAUAACUUACCAUCAUCUUUCAUUGCCUUGUAUAUAAUAACAUCAACUGAGAAUUGGACAGAUAUCUUAUAUUCACUACAGCAAUAUGCAGGUACUACUUCUUAUCGUUCAUUUGGAUCAAUAUUUUUAAUCACAUGGUUUAUUUUAUCAAAUAUGAUUAUAUUAAACAUUUUCAUUGCAGUUAUAGCUAAAACAUUAGAAGUAUCAGAAGAAGCCAAAAGAAAACAACAAUUAUUUCAAUUCAUUGAAAUAAUGACUAAUAGACUUCAAAGUAUUAAUGAAGAUACAGGAUUACUUCGAAAAAUUAAAUCAAAACUUUUUAGAAGAAGAGAAAGAAAAGAAGAAUUAGAAAAAGCAGUUGUAAAUUUAUUAUUAAGUGGUACAGCAGUUCAAGAAUUUUUAGAUAAAGAUUUACAAGAACAAAUUAAUGAAGAUGAUGAAGUACAAAGUGAUAUAAAUGAAGCACCAACUAAUAAGUUAAAGAGAUGGUUUAUUCUAAAUAAAAAUAUGAUAUCUAAUUUUUUAAAAAAUCCAUUUGAUUCAAGUUUUAAAAAUCAUACAAAAUUUAAAUUAGAAAAUUUUGAACCUUCAUCAUUUGCAAAAACUAUUAUAAAAGAAAGAAAUAAUUUACUUAAAAAACAAAAUGAAUUUUUAGAAAAAAAUCCAAGAUAUAAUUAUGUAUUUUAUGUGAUGGGACCAAGACAUAAAAUUAGAAGAUUAUGUCAAAGAAUAGUAAAACCUAGUUUUGGAGAAAGAAUUGAUGGUGUACCACCAUAUAAACCAAUUUCUGAAUCAUUUGUUGUAUUAACUUUCAUUGCUACUGUUGGAUUAGUUGUACUUGCUUGUUAUAUGACUCCAAUUUUUAGAAUGCAAUAUGCUCAUCUGAAUUGGAUUUUUUGGUCAGAAUAUACAUUUGCAGUAUUUUUCACUAUUGAAUUUGUUAUAAAAGUUUUAGCAGAUGGAUUUAUUUUCACACCUAAUGCCUAUUGUCGAUCAUCUUGGAAUUUAAUUGAUUUAGUUGUUUUAAUAUCAUUAUGGAUUGAAGCACUUGCAUAUAUAAAAAAUGACGGUGAUUUAUCAAGAAUUGUUAGAGGUUUAAAAGCUUUAAGAGCUUUAAGAUUAUUAACAAUUAGUGAAACUGCAAAAUCUAAUUUUCAUAAUACAAUGAUUGCGGGAUUUGGUAAAAUUAUUAAUGCUGCAAUUAUAUCAUUGUGUUUAUUGUUUCCAUUUUCUAUAUGGGGUUUAAAUAUUUUUAAUGGUCGUUUAGGAUAUUGUAUUGAUGGUGAAUCAACAGUUGAUGAAUGUUAUAAUGAAUUUAAUGCAGAAGUUUUUAAUUGGGAAAUAGUAAGUCCAAAUGUUUAUACAAAUCCUCAAUUAGAAUUUAAUAGAUUUGCAUCUGCAUUUGCAACAUUAUUUGAAAUUGUUUCAUUAGAAGGUUGGACAGAUUUAUUAAAAAAUUCAAUGGCAAGUACAGGAAUUGGGACAGUACCUGAUAGUAAUGCUACUCCAAUAAAUGGAUUUUUUGUUGUUUUAUUUAAUUUUAUAAGUAUUGUUUUUAUUUUAACAUUAUUUGUAUCAGUUAUUAUAAGUAAUUAUUCAAGAACAACAGGAAGAGCUUAUAUGACAACAGAUCAAAUUUCAUGGUAUCAAGUUAAAAAAAUACUAAUUCAAGUUAGACCAUCAAAAAGAAAAGAUUAUAAAUCAUUAUCAAAAUUUAGAAAAUUUUGUUAUAAAAUGACAGUAGAGAAAAGUUUAGUUUGGGUUAGAAUUUUAAAUGUAACAUUAUUUUUACAUACAGUUGCAUUAUUAAUGGAAUGUUUUCCUUCAUAUGAUGGAUUAAAUGAAUUUAGAACUGCUAUUUAUAUGAUUGCAUCUACAAUUUUUUUAAUGAAUGCUUUAAUGUUAUUAACUGGUCAAGGUUUUACGUUUUGGCAUUAUAAAUGGAAUAUUUUUAAUUUAGCAGUUUCUUUUAGUGCUUUCCUUACAACAUUAAUUGCAUUUAAAACAGAUCCUGAUUCCCCUUUCAUUAAUUUGAAUAAAUUAUUUUUGGUAACUAUGUUAUUAUUUGUUAUUCCAAGAAGUAAUAGAUUAAGUCAAUUAUUACGAUUUGCUUCUGCUUCAUUACCUUCGAUAUUAUCAUUAUCAUAUACAUGGAUUAUUGUAUUUUUAGUAUUUGCUAUUGCUAUGAAUCAAAUUUUUGGAUUAACUAAAAUUGGACCAAAUGGAACAGGUAAUUUAAACUUAAGAUCAGUUCCUAAAACAUUAAUUGUUUUAUUUAGAUGUAGUUUUGGAGAAGGUUGGAACUAUAUAAUGGAAGAUUAUACAUUAUCAUCACCAUUUUGUACAGCAGAAGAAAAUUUAGAUCAUAAUGAUUGUGGUAGUAAACAAUAUGCUUAUAUUUUAUUUAUUGCUUGGAAUAUUAUAUCAAUGUAUAUUUUCCUUAAUAUGUUCGUUUCAUUAAUAUUGGAUAGUUUUGAUUAUAUAAAUCAUAGAUCUGGUUAUAAUCUGUUAAUUCAAAGAGAAGAAAUUAGAAAAUUUAAAAGAAAUUGGCAAAAAUUUGAUCCUCAAGGUACUGGAUAUAUUAAACCAAUUGAUUUACCUAAAUUAUUACAUUCAUUAGAAGGUGCUUUAUCAUUUCAUUUUUAUACUGGACAAUUAGAAAUUAAAGAAUUGUGUAGAAGAUGGGUUAAACAAAAUUCAGAUGAUCCAUAUGAUGUAACUGUCAAUUAUGAUGCAAUAGAAGAAACAAUGAAUCAAAUGGAUAUUCCAAAAAUUAGAGCUCGUAGAAAAUCUUAUGAAAUGUUUAUUGAAGAAGCUUUAUUAACAAUGGAAAUUAAUGAAGAUCCAGGUAUAUCAUUUACAAGAAUUAUAUUACAAUUACCAUUAUAUACAACAUUUGAUACAGGAAAAUGUUUUAAUUUAAUUGAUUAUUUAGAAAGAAGAUUAUUAAUUAGUAAAGUUAUGAAAAAAAUUCAUACAAAAAGAGUUUAUGAAACAAUUGCUUCAUAUGCAUGUAGAUGGAAAUAUCAAAAAAAUAGAAAAUUAGGAUUAAGAGAUGAUAAUAUAGCAUUUGAUAAAGAAUUGAAAAGAAAUAGUUAUCUAUCAAAUAAAGAUUUAUUAAUUAAUACUGAUUUACCACCUACAAUUUUCAUUAAUGAUGAAAAUGAAAAUGAAAAUUAUGAUGAAAAUGAAUUUUAUAAAAAGCAAGAACCAAUUAAUAGAAAUUCUGUUAUAUAUGGAGAUCAUAGUAUGUCAAGUAGUAUAUAUUAUCCAAAUUCACCAAUUAUUCAUACAUCAAAUUUAAAUCAUAAUAGAUUACAAUCACCAACAAGAAAUAAAAGACCAAGUUUAACAAUUAAUAUUCCAGGAUUAGGUGAAGUAUUAGAUGAUGAUAUUACAAGAUCACCAUUUGAAGAAGAUCCUUUCAAAGAUGAUAAUAAUAUUGAAGAAAUUUUAGAAACUUCUUCUUGGAGAGAUGCAUUAAGUGAAGUUAGAUCAAAUAAAUAUAAAAAAGAUAAAUAA